GCCCCCACCUCCCCGGACGCCCGAGACGCCUGCGGCGGCCCCGGAGACACCGGAAGGAGCCGCGGCUGCUGCGGGAAGUGGCCGGUUCAGGAGGCGGACACCCCGAGGGCAGCGCUGCGGGGCCGUUUCCCGGCCCUCCUGACGCGACACUGCCCCUCUCCGAGGGCUGAGAAGGAAAAGAGGAGCUUGCGGAGGUGCGGCUGCAGGCCGUUGUUGGUCGCGCUGGCGGGUCCCGCGGGCCAGGCCGUGGAGAGCUCCUGAAGGAAGCACUAAACAUGCAAAGGAACAACCGGUACCAGCCACUGCAAAAACAUGCCAAAUUGUAAAGACCAUCGAUGUUAGGAAGAAACUGCCUCAACUAAUGAGCAAAAAAACCAGCUAACAUCGUAAUGACAGGAUCAAAUUCACACAUAAUGAUAUUAACCUUAAAGGUGUUACCUCAUUUUGAAAGUCUUGGGAAACAGGAAAAAAUUCCUAACAAAAUGUCAGCUUUUCGAAAUCAUUGUCCACAUUUGGAUUCAGUUGGUGAAAUAACCAAAGAAGAUUUGAUACAAAAAUCUCAUGGUACUUGUCAGGAUUGUAAAGUCCGAGGACCAAAUCUUUGGGCAUGCUUGGAGAAUAGAUGUUCAUAUGUUGGCUGUGGUGAAUCACAAGUAGAUCACAGCACCAUACAUUCUCAGGAGACAAAGCAUUAUCUAACUGUGAACCUUACCACUCUUCGAGUAUGGUGUUAUGCUUGCAGCAAAGAAGUAUUUUUGGAUAGGAAAUUAGGAACUCAGCCUUCAUUGCCUCAUGUAAGACAACCUCACCAAAUACAAGAAAACAGUGUCCAGGAUUUUAAAAUACCCAGUAAUACAACAUUAAAAACUCCUCUGGUUGCCGUAUUUGAUGAUCUGGAUAUAGAAGUGGAUGAAGAAGAUGAACUUAGGGCAAGAGGUCUUACAGGUUUGAAAAAUAUUGGAAAUACUUGUUACAUGAAUGCAGCUUUGCAGGCUCUUUCUAAUUGCCCACCUUUGACACAGUUUUUUCUUGAUUGUGGAGGACUAGCUCGAACAGAUAAGAAACCUGCUAUUUGUAAAAGUUAUCUCAAACUAAUGACAGAGCUGUGGCAUAAAAGCAGGCCAGGAUCUGUUGUGCCUACUAAUCUGUUUCAAGGAAUUAAAACUGUAAAUCCAACAUUUCGGGGGUAUUCUCAGCAGGAUGCUCAAGAAUUCCUUCGAUGUUUAAUGGAUCUGCUUCAUGAAGAAUUGAAAGAGCAAGUCAUGGAAGUAGAAGAUCCGCAAACCAUAACCACUGAGGAGACAAUGGAAGAAGACAAGAGCCAGUCGGAUGUCGAUUUUCAGUCUUGUGAAUCUUGUAGCAACAGUGAUAAAGCAGAAAAUGAAAAUGGCUCUAGAUGCUUUUCUGAAGAUAAUAAUGAAACAACAAUGUUAAUUCAGGAUGAUGAAAACAAUUCAGAAAUGUCAAAAGAUUGGCAAAAAGAGAAGAUGUGCAAUAAGAUUAAUAAAGUAAAUUCUGAAGGCGAAUUAGAUAAAGAUAGAGACUCUAUAUCUGAAACAGUCGACUUAAACAACCAGGAAACUGUCAAAGUGCAAAUACACAGCAGAGCUUCAGAAUAUAUCACUGAUGUCCAUUCGAAUGACCUGUCUACACCACAGAUCCUUCCAUCAAAUGAAAGUAUUAAUCCACGUUUAUCGGCAAGCCCUCCUAAAUCAGGCAAUUUGUGGCCAGGAUUGGCACCACCACACAAAAAAGCUCAGUCUGCGUCUCCAAAGAGAAAAAAACAGCACAAGAAAUACAGAAGUGUUAUUUCAGACAUAUUUGAUGGAACAAUCAUUAGUUCAGUGCAGUGUCUGACUUGUGACAGGGUGUCUGUAACCCUCGAGACCUUUCAAGAUCUGUCCUUGCCAAUUCCUGGCAAGGAAGACCUUGCUAAGCUGCAUUCAUCAAGUCAUCCAACUUCUAUAGUCAAAGCAGGAUCAUGUGGCGAAGCAUAUGCUCCACAAGGGUGGAUAGCUUUUUUCAUGGAAUAUGUGAAGAGGUUUGUUGUCUCAUGUGUCCCUAGCUGGUUUUGGGGUCCAGUAGUAACCUUGCAAGAUUGUCUUGCUGCCUUCUUUGCCAGAGAUGAACUAAAAGGUGACAAUAUGUACAGUUGUGAAAAAUGCAAAAAGUUGAGAAAUGGAGUAAAGUUUUGUAAAGUACAAAAGUUUCCUGAGAUUUUAUGCAUCCACCUUAAAAGAUUCAGACAUGAACUAAUGUUUUCCACCAAAAUCAGUACCCAUGUUUCAUUUCCGCUGGAAGGCUUGGAUCUUCAGCCAUUUCUUGCUAAGGAUAGUCCAGCUCAAAUUGUGACAUAUGAUCUUCUGUCAGUCAUUUGCCAUCAUGGAACUGCAAGUAGUGGACACUAUAUAGCCUACUGCCGAAACAAUCUAAAUAAUCUCUGGUAUGAAUUUGAUGAUCAGAGUGUCACUGAAGUUUCAGAAUCUACUGUACAAAAUGCAGAAGCUUACGUUCUUUUCUAUAGGAAGAGCAGCGAAGAGGCACAAAAAGAGAGGAGAAGGAUAUCAAAUUUGUUGAACAUAAUGGAACCAAGCCUCCUUCAGUUUUAUAUUUCUCGACAGUGGCUAAAUAAAUUUAAGACCUUUGCCGAACCUGGCCCUAUUUCAAAUAAUGACUUUCUUUGUAUUCAUGGAGGUGUUCCUCCAAGAAAAGCUGGUUAUAUUGAAGACCUGGUUUUGAUGCUGCCUCAGAACAUUUGGGAUAACCUAUAUAGCAGGUAUGGUGGAGGACCAGCUGUGAACCAUCUGUACAUUUGUCACACUUGCCAAAUUGAGGCGGAGAAAAUUGAAAAAAGAAGAAAAACUGAAUUGGAAAUUUUUAUUCGGCUUAACAGAGCGUUCCAAAAAGAGGACUCUCCAGCUACUUUUUAUUGCAUCAGUAUGCAGUGGUUUAGAGAAUGGGAAAGUUUUGUGAAGGGUAAAGAUGGAGAUCCUCCAGGUCCUAUUGACAAUACUAAGAUUGCAGUCACUAAAUGUGGUAGUGUGAUGCUUAGGCAAGGAGCAGAUUCUGGCCAGAUUUCUGAAGAAACAUGGAAUUUUCUGCAGUCUAUUUAUGGUGGAGGGCCUGAAGUUAUCCUACGACCUCCGGUUGUUCAUGUUGAUCCAGAUAUACUUCAAGCAGAAGAAAAAAUUGAAGUAGAAACUCGGUCUUUGUAAUUUUUAGGUUGUAGAGAGUUCUAAUGAGGAAUCAUUUUCACGUCCCCUGACAUGUACACAUGCGAAAACAUUCCUAAAAGCGUGUUUAUUUGCUUUAUUUUUUUCAUCAUUUGUCCCAUUUAUUUCUUCUUAGUGGGCAUUAUGGAAGAAUAUAUUAAAAUGUGUAAUAUACCACAGGUUGGUAUAUUUAGUUUUAAAUACUUACCAUAAAGUCUUUCAGUGUAAUUUUUUUUUGAGACAGAGUCUUGCUCUGUCACCCAUGCUGGAGUGCUGUGGUGUGACCUCAGCUCACUGCAACCUCCACCUCCUGGGUUCAAGCGAUUCUCCUGCCUCAGCCUCCCGAGUAGCUGGGAUUACAGGCGCCUGCCACCAUGCCUGGCUAAUUUUUGUAUUUUAGUAGAGAUGGGGUUUCAGCAUGUUGGCCAGGCUAGUCUCAAACUCCUGACCUCAGGUGACCCACCCACCUUGGCCUCCCAAAGUGCUGGGAUUACAGGUGUGAGCCACAGCACCUGGCCCAGUGUAAUAUUUUUGAAAGAGGAGGGACAAUUGUGAAAUCAGUAGGUUAUCUUUAAUCUUUGUACUACAUGCAGAUCCAUAGUAUCCUUUGUAGUGUUGUAAAUACUUUUGCUUUGAAAACUUUUUCAUUAUCCUAAAUCACCCUAACUCUGACCAGUCUUUCAGUUCUCCAAAAGCCUAAUUUAAUUGUAUAGUUUUGUCAUGGCUUCAUAUAAUAAAGAGCCUAUUUUAAGUUGAAAGUAGUAGUCAGAAAAUUAAUUUCCUAAAGCUCAGGAAACUAGGGUGUCACUUUUUUUGCACUGCAGCAUAUACACUAGCUUAUUAAAAUUUACAAAAUGUCUUUUUGAAUGUAUCAAGGAUGUAUUUAGUUUGAGUGGAAUUUGUCAGCAGAUAUCAGUAACUUAUUGCCGCUUAUAUUGUACAAUGUUAAACUUCAAUUCCUGUAACCUGGUUAGUAUUCAUGUCAGUAACUAAAAAACUUAGGGUUAGUUUUAGGGCAGUUUUUAUUUUUCGAGCAUGAAGUGUGGAAUGUGUCACUGCGAUUGUUGAUAAAGCUGAGGCCACUUGCAACUUGAUUUUAUAAAUGAAAUAAAGUCUUUUUGAAUAAUAUAGUAUGCACUGCUAUUUGCUUGAUUAUGUAAUGUCAAAAGUUUAACUAUAUUCCAAGUACAAAAACAUACUGGAUUACAUUAAGGAUGUUGAAUAGCAUUCAUGAUGGCUUUGUUUUGGUUUGGGGCAGCUGUCACCAGCUAAAGCAAUGUUGUUAAAAUUAGCUCAAUAAAAAUGUCUUUAAAAUGUAAAA